AUGCCUUCAGCCUGUCCAACGAUCUCCCUACCCGCUCGGCAAAGUGCCAUCGUGGCCCAGGGCCCGGGAAAGCUUGCGAUCCAGCACGACGUCCCCAUGCCUCCUCUAGGUCCAGACAUGGUCAUUGUAAAGACUGCCGCGGUAGCCAUCAACCCCGUCGAUGCGAAGAUGCUCGACUACAGCGCGGCCCCCGGCGCCGUCCUCGGCCACGACUUCUCCGGCACUGUGGUGGCCAUCGGCUCUGACGUCCAGGCAACCAAACACCUUGCCGUCGGUGAUAGGGUGGCUGGGGUGGUUCAUGGCAUGAACAAACUGAAGCCAGAUAUCGGGGCCUUUGCCGAGUAUGUGGGUGCGUAUGCGGACAUUCUGCUUAAGAUCCCCGACACUAUGAGUUUCGAAGAAGCGGCAUCGUUCGGAACGGGUGUUGCUACUGCGAUGAUGGGGCUGUUUCAGGAACUGGCUCUGCCCAUCGAGUCUUUGGAGAUGCUGCAUGAUCAUCAUUCUCAAUCUAUCGUUGACGGGCCCGCUGAGAAAGACGGAAGGAAGUUUGUUCUGGUCGCGGGCGGGAGUACAGCAACUGGAACGCGCGCGAUUCAACUGCUUAAGCUGGCUGGCUUUCGUCCGAUCGCCUCUUGCUCAAGGUCCAACUUCGACCUGGCGCGGAGAUUCGGCGCCGAAGAAGUCUUCGACUACCGCAGCCCGACCUGCGCGACUGAUAUCCGGGCUUACACUAGCAACGAACUAGGGUAUGCUCUUGACUGUGUGACUCAGGCGGACACCACCCAACUCUGUUACACUGCCAUGGGCCGUGCGGGGGGCCGUUACGUGUCUUUGGAACCAUUUCGGGAGAACAUUGCCCAGAGUCGGUCGCUGACGAUCCAACCAUCGUGGUUGAUGAUGUUGACUAUUUUCGGACAUAAAGUCCCCUUGGAUGGAGUGUAUGGGCGUGAGGCGCGGCCCAAGGACCGGGAAUUUGGGGCUCGGGCAUUUACGGCGGUGCAGGGGCUGUUGGACCGGGGGCUGAUUGAUGCCCAUCCGAUCAAAGUGCAGAGCGGAUCCUGGCAGGGAGUGAUGCGUGGGGUGGAAAUUAUUCGCAACCAGGCUGUGUCGGGUCAGAAGCUUGUUUAUACUGUUGUGUAA